CAGAAAUCAGUUAAGAAACGCAACUAACAGAAUCUGAGUCAGUUUUCCAUCGGGCGCUUAGGCUUGAAAUGUACAGAUUUUGUACUUAUUUUGUGUACAUUGAAAUGUUAAUGUCAUCCAAUUCAAAUGAGUUGCUCAUCUGAAAACCAUUCCUUCAGCUUUUAUUCGCUGGAAAUGCACAGAGACGGACACGGCAGCACUCAAGAUCCCCCAGCUAUGGUUUCCCGCAGACCCCCAACAGUAAUGUGUUAUAUCUGCGGCAGAGAGUACGGCACAGCUUCCAUAACUAUCCACGAGAAACAGUGCCUGGCCAAGUGGAAGUUUGAGAACGAUCAACUUCCGCCCAACGCUCGAAGACCUGAGCCGACAAAGCCUCAAAUAUUAACGGAAGCCGCCCGUGAGAUACAAGGCUCAAAGGCAGGUAACUACAACCUAGACGCCGCCAAUGAAGCAGCCUUUCAAGCAGCCCAGUCUCAGUACAUACCUUGUCAGAAAUGUGGUCGCACUUUCCAGCCUGAAAGCAUUUCUUUACACCAAAAACAUUGCCAGGGUUACAAGGCUUUGAAACGUUCAGCUAAGACUUAGUACACACCACCAACAACAGUUAAACUUUAAGCUGAACUUAACCUUCAAAAUAAAAAUUAACAUAUUUUUUAAAGAUUUGUAAAUGUAUUAAAAUCUAAUGUAAGUAACUUGCUCUGUUCUAUAAUAAUGUAUAUUCGGUACAUCGUUAAUCGUAUACGCUCUAGUGUAAUUUUUAAGUCAUUGUAAUGUUCUCAGAAUCUCUCAAUUUCUGCGAUGGAUACUUCUUGGACAGUGUGGGGCACACGUAUUUAACAAAAUACUGACCUUGGCAAUAGAAAUGUCAACAUCAAACUUUAAAAAAAAAAAAACUUUCAGCAUCCUUGGGAAAUAGGGGACGUGGGAGAGCAAUGUUUUCAAUCUUAUGUUUGAAAUAUGAGACUACUGGACAUUACAUUUUAGACUUGAUGGUGGGAGUUAGGCUUGAUCGAUAUUCUAGAAUUAAUGAAUCCACUAAAUGAAGAGAAUGAUUUGACUAAGUAUUUAGAAUUUGAGAUGAAAAGAACAAACUACUACAUUUCAUAUUUUGGGAAAUGUGCAUGUGAAAAUUGAAUAAAUAAAAACUAAAAUAUGA